AUGGCACCCCCGCAGCGCCCCAAGAGCAGCAAUCGACUCGUCGCAGCAGGCCUGGUGCUGUUUGGCGCGUCUAUGGCCGCAUUCCCCCUGAUCUACACACGCAACGGUCCCACUCUGACUUACAAGGAAGGUCCCCUGGCCGGCCAGGCCGCCAUCCGUGGUGCCUACAUCAACACCGCCUCCAAAGACUACAAGUCCGAUCCCAUCGUUGGCAACGCACCCAUUGGUCGGGAGUCGUAG